UAGAUUCCAAGUCCAGAAGGGAACACUAUGAUAAUCUAGUCUGACUACCUAUAUAAAACACGCCAUAGAACUUCCACAAGGUAAUCCCCAGAGCAUACAUUUUAGAAAUAAACCAAUUGUCAGACCUGUCUUUGCAGCAGAGUAACUCUGGAGACAUGGGUUAAUUAAAACAAAACAAAACAAAAAUAAAAAAGAGAAACACCUGUCUUCCAAAUUUAAAUUCUUGGACUAAACAUUGCACUUGUAAAUCAGAUGUCUCAGAAGGGUCAUGGAUAAUUAUGAAAUUAAGCAGAGGCUACUACAUAAAUAUUCAGGUUUAACUUCUACUAAUAAAAUGAUAAAGUUUGUUCUUCUUUCACUAAGUUUACCCCAUGUCAAUCAAAGACUGGGGAAAUCAAAUGACCAUCUGGGAAUUCAUUCUCCUGCGAUUUGGGAAUCUCCUUGAACUACAUGAUCUUCUCUUCCUACUGUUUCUAGUGAUCUACCUCAUCACCUUGAUGGGCAACAUUGUCAUCAUCACAAUCACAGUGCUGGACCCUGCCCUAUGCUCCCCCAUGUAUUUCUUCCUCCGGAACUUGUCCUUUCUGGAAAUUGGUUACACUUCAUCGACCAUCCCCAAGAUGCUGGAGAACUUCCUCUCCAAGGACAAGAGCAUCUCAUUGCUGGGCUGUGCCACACAGAUGUAUUUCUUUUCCCUCCUGGGGAUCACGGAGUGUUGCCUACUGGCUGCCUUGGCAUAUGACCGUUAUGUGGCCAUAUGUCACCCUCUGCAUUAUACGACCAUGAUGAGCAGAGGUGUGUGUCUCCAGCUCUUAGCUGUAUCCUGGCUCAUUGGGGUGCUGGUGGCAUUAGGACAGACAGCUUUCAUAUUCACUCUGCCCUACUGUGGGCCCAAUAGAAUCAACCACUUCUUCUGUGACCUGCCCCCGCUGCUGAAGCUGGCCUGUGCAGAUACUUACAAGAAUGAAGUAGCUGUUUACACCAUCGCUGUCAUCUUCAUCAUGGUCCCCUUCCUACUCAUCCUUGUGUCCUAUGUCCACAUCCUCUACACUAUCUUCAAGAUACCAUCAGCUGCAGGCAGGAGCAAAACUUUCUCCACCUGCUCCUCCCACCUCAUUGUGGUCACUUUGUUUUAUGGAACUGCCAUCGUGACGUAUCUGAGGCCCAAAUCUAGGUAUUCACGUGACACUGACAAACUGCUUUCCCUAUUCUACACAGUGGUGUGCCCAAUGCUGAACCCUUUGAUCUAUAGCCUGAGGAAUAAAGAGGUGAAGAAGGCCUUAAGAAGGGUGAUGGCCAGAAAAAUAUUUAUUUGAAACUUGUAAAAAAAAUGAAAACCUAUUCUUGUGAUGGAUUUGGAGCUGCCUGUAGUAAUUCAUGAAAAUACUAUAUGAUCUGUAUGUUUGUCUGAAUAUUGUAAAGGUGAAUUUGUAUUCAUAUAUUGGGUUAAUUCAAUAGCUGGGUGGUCAGGAAACUACGCAGGAAGAUGGAUGACAGCCUAGUUAAAAGCUCCUCAGCAAACACCAAGGACAGUUAACUGUGAUAUCCUUCCUCCACUUGUGGUGGGUCUGCCAGAACAGUUUUCCCAGGACUGAAUCCCUCCCCCAGCUAAGGGAGGGAGAUCAAAAGACUGAGGAGGAUUUAAAGAGACAUACUCUCUGAAUAAAGGAAAGGCUAGUAUGGUGAGAGGGUUUGGGUGGAGAAACUGCCCCCUAUACCCUCCAGAGGUUCAGCGUUCCUUGAGGAAGUUUAGCCUGCCUGGGGGCUUUGGGUAUGAUAAACAAGUAUGUAGGCCUUUUGUUGUCUUAAUCAUUUUCAUUUGCUAUGCUGUGCUACUACUGUUCAGGUCAAACAAUACUUUGUGUUAAGAAGGCUGUUUUGGGUCAUUGUAUUUACCUCUGGUCACAGCUUCCUGAAGGGACGUGCUGGUACUGAGUUCAGUCAGACCUGCUGAGGGAUACUGAUUGAUACACAGGGUGCUGAAGCCUGGGACCCAAUCUGGGAAUGGAAGAAUCACAGGAGUCUACCCCAGAAAGGUGAAGGCUCAAGCCCUGACACCUGAAGCUGGUGCUUUCCGAGGACUGUGACAAUUCUUUUUUUCUCUACCUUCU